UGCUGUCUGUGAUGUUUGGCAAGCCUGGUUUAUCUGGUUUAUAUCCAUCUACAAGGUUUGCGAACCCAUGUUGCCGAUUCAGUUCUGCUACAACCAAAAAGACCAGUGUUCACUUUCCGUUGAAAGCAAUAAUUUAUUAUCUGCUUCUUUCCAACUGAAUGAAAAAAGAGUUAAUCCGUGUUGAACCCAAAAGAAAACAUUCCUAGGAUUGGAAUGGCUGGAUCAAAUGAACCUGAAAAAGAAUUUAAAAGGAGUAAUCUGGAGAGGUGAAAGAAGUGUGAACAAUCCAGAUUCCAAAUUAGAAUGGAGACUCCUCGGUAAAGUAGCAGAUGAAGAACUUGAGAAGUGGGCCUAACAUUCUUCUCUUUGCCAACUGGUAGUCUGCUCUGAGAACCACCUGAUGCCAUGGGGAAACGUGAUAAUCGAGUGGCAUAUAUGAAUCCUAUAGCAAUGGCCAGAUGGAGGGGCACAAUUCAAUCUGCAGGCCCAACUAUACAAGAUUAUCUGAAUCGACCAAGACCCACCUGGGAAGAAGUAAAGAAACAAUUAGAGAAUAAAAAGAAAGGUUCCAAGGCAUUGGCUGAAUUUGAAGAAAAAAUGAAUCAAAAUUGGAAGAAAGAACUUGAGAAAAGCAGAGAGAAAGUAUUAGGUGGAAAUGUCAGUUCAUCCAAAAGAAAAGAAAGAAAGAAAAAGAAAAAGAAGAAAUCUUGUCGGUAUACAUCCUCUUCAUCAAGCUCCGAUUCAUCAAGCAGUUCUUCAGAUUCUGAGGAUGAGCCAAAGAAACAAGGGAAAAAGAGAAAGAGAAAGAAGAACCGUUCCCACAAAUCAUCAGAAAGCUUCACUUCUGAGUCAGAAUCGUCAAGAAAGGAACGUCCCCUAAAGAAGAAAAAGACAAAGGAUGAACCUGAAAAAGAAAAAUAUACCAAAAGCUACAGCAAAAAAAGAAAGAAGGCUUGUCCUGAAGAAGAGCCAUCCUCUUCAGAAUCUUCAUUCGAAUCAGAUUAUGAAGAGGAGAUGCAGGCAAAAAAGAAAAGAAAACAUGAUGAGCAAGAAAGAAAAAUGGAAAAGAUAAAGAAGAAAAAAAAGAAGAAACAUCACAAGAAACACAGUAAGAAGAGGAAGAAGAAGUCUAGUUCAAGUCACAAAUCAGUGUAACAUAAAGGAAAACCAAAUAGGCUUUCCGUAUUUAAAAUGAAACAAAAUCUAAAGAAACUUCAACUGUGAAAAUCUAGGUCAUAUUUACCAAAAUGCAUGAGAUUUUCUGUUUUAAUAGAGUUAUUCUGGACUUUAAAUUGCCAGUAAAAUGCCACUGUGCCAGAAAAGGUAUUUGUUGCUUGCAGCUUCUAUAUAGGGUUUUGUUUGUUUAAUGUCGCUCUUUAUGUCUAAUAGUUACUCCUCUGGGAACCAAAACUCAGUUGUCUUACUAGUAUUAAAAUGUUUGGAGGUCGAUUAAUAUAUUUUCAAUAAUGAAUAAUUUUAACCAAAAACAUAUCUAGUGUUAAACAUAUGUAAUUUUUGCAUAUCUUUAUUGUUCAGUCAAAUAUAUGUAUUUUUUUCAGAUGUAUGUAAUUUUUGCCUAUCUUUAAAAUACAGAAACAUGCUGACAAUUAGAGUGGACAUUUUAAAGAUAAGACAGCAUUGUUGUUCAAAAUUUAAUUUUGUAGAUAUGUUUGGUUGAUAUUUAUUUUUUUUCCAAGAAGUUUUUGUUUACAUU